AUGAAAUGCGUCUCGAGAGCGUGGCAAUUGUGGACAGCUGACCUGCCAGUUUCCACGGCAUAUCCCAACCGUCAGCCAGUCACUUGGCAGGAUCCUCUGAAUGCAGGCGCGAUCAAGUAUUCGGUCGAGUUGGUGCGCACGGUCUUGGCUCGUCUCGUGGGUGCACAGAAUGCAACGGCACAGAAAGGUCCGCAGGGAGGCGCGAGGUGGUCAAAAAGACCGACGAAAAAAGUACCACGCCAACAGCGCCACGGUGCAAAUGAGCAUGAUUGUUUGGACAAACUGCCAUCAUCGGGGUCGCCAUAG